AUGCUCAUGCACGACCUCUACUGCCAGGCUCGCAUCAAGCCGGCCGUAAAUCAGAUCGAGGUGCAUCCCUUCUAUGUGCGCGACUCCCUGGUGAACUAUUGCCUCAGCCGCAACAUCGCUGUCACGGCCCACACACCCUUGGGUGGUGGACAGCUGAAUAGCCAGACGUGGAAAGCUGCCGCCCCUAUGGACUCCGAGGAGAUCAAAGCCAUUUCCGAGGCGAAGGGCAAGAGCACUGCACAGGUCAUCCUCCGUUGGCUUCUGCAACGCAGGAUCAUCGUCAUCCCAAAAAGCAUGUCCCCUGAGCGCAUCGCAACGAAUCUGGCCGUCUAUGAUUUCGAGCUGUCUGCGGAGGAGAUGAAGACAAUCUCGGGCCUGGACCGGUAUCAGAGCGCCAAGACCAACCCGAACCCAUUGUCCCAUUUCCUGGAGGGCGCCGACUGCUUCGAGGCUGCUGGCACAGACAUUUUCGACUAA